CCCGCAUACGUCACGCCCCGACAGUUGCAAAACUCUUGAGCCACCGCCACGACUCCUGCGUAACAUACUCGCUUCCCUGCAGGACAAGAGAGAGAGAGAGACACCCAUUUAGAAGAUGAAACAGAGAUUCUCAUCCUUGGAUGUCAAGGUCAUCUCCCAGGAACUCGCCUCGCAGUUAGUCAACCUGCGAGUUUCGAACAUCUACGACCUCUCCUCCCGAGUCUUCCUCUUCAAACUCGCCAAACCCGACCACCGCAAGCAACUGGUCAUCGACUCGGGCUUCCGCUGCCAUGUCACGCAAUACUCGCGCGCCACAGCGACCACCCCCUCGCCAUUCGUGACGCGCCUGCGCAAAUUCCUCAAAUCCCGCCGUAUCACCUCCGUCGCCCAGAUCGGCACCGACCGCAUCAUCGACUUCUCCUUCAGCGAUGGCGUCUACCACCUGUUCCUCGAGUUCUUCGCCGGCGGAAACAUCAUCCUCACCGACCGCGAAUACAACAUCCUCGCGCUGUUCCGGCAGGUCCCCGCCGGCGAGGACGGCCAGGAGGAGACCCGCGUUGGCUUGCCCUACACGGUGACCAAUAAGCAGAAUUACCAUGGUAUCCCUGAUAUCACGCUCGAGCGGGUGAGGGAGACGGUGGAGAAGGCGAAGGCCCUGUUUGCGAAGGAGGACGGCGCGCCGAAGAAGUCCAAGAAGAGGAAUGUCGAUGUGCUGAGGAAGGCUCUGUCGCAGGGUUUUCCCGAGUAUCCGCCGCUCUUGCUGGAUCAUGCGUUUGCCGUGAAAGAGUUUGAUCCCGCGACUCCGCUUGACCGGGUCUUGGGGGAUGAGGCGCUCUUGCAGGAGGUGGUGGCGGUGUUGGAGGAGGCGAGGACGGAGAAUACCAAGUUGUCUGUUGUGAAGAAUCAUCCCGGGUAUAUUGUUGCCAAGGAGGAUGCUCGAUCUGUGGCGUCGGCCGAGGGGAAGGAGGAUGCGAAGAAGGCGCUUUAUGAGGAUUUCCACCCCUUCAAGCCCCGUCAGUUUGAGGGGAAACCGGGCGUGACGAUCCUGGAGUUCGAGUCCUUCAACGCUACGGUGGAUGAGUAUUACUCGUCGAUCGAGACGCAGAAGCUAGAGUCCCGGCUUACGGAGCGCGAGGAGGCCGCGAAGAAGAAGCUCGAUGCGGUCAGACAGGAGCAUUCCAAGCGCAUCGGUGCCCUGAAAGAUGCCCAGGAGUUGCAUAUUCGCAAGGCGGGCGCCAUUGAGGACAAUGUCUACCGGGUGAAGGAGGCCAUGGAUGCCGUUAAUGGGCUGAUUGCGCAGGGGAUGGAUUGGGUGGAAAUCGCCCGGCUGAUUGAGAUGGAGCAGGGCCGGGGGAACCCCGUGGCCAGUGUGAUUAAGUUGCCGUUGAAGCUUCACGAGAAUACUAUAACACUGGUUCUGGGAGAGGCGGGUGAAGAGCAGGAUGAGGGCGAUGCGCUGUUUUCGGAUGAUGAGUCGGCGUCGGAGGACGAGGAGGAGGAAGCUGAGAAACAGGCUCAGCGGGAGUCGAAGGCGCUGACUGUUGAUAUUGAUCUUGGGCUGUCGCCUUGGGCUAAUGCGACGCAGUACUACGAACAGAAGAAGGUGGCUGCUGUCAAAGAGCAGAGAACCACGCAGUCCUCGACCAAGGCGCUCAAGAGCCACGAGAAGAAAGUGACAGAGGAUUUGAAGAAGAAUCUGAAGCAGGAGAAGCAGGUUCUUCGGCCUGCUAGGAAGCUUUUCUGGUUCGAGAAGUUCCUCUUCUUUAUUUCGUCGGAGGGAUACCUGGUGCUAGGUGGCCGCGACGCUAUGCAGAGCGAGACCCUCUACCGCCGUUAUCUGAAGCCAGGUGACAUCUUCGUGCAUGCGGAUCUAGAAGGCGCUACGCCUAUGAUCGUGAAGAACCGAGCGAGCUCGGCCAACGCACCCAUCCCUCCUAGUACUCUCUCACAGGCUGGUAACCUCUGUGUUGCCACGUCCAGCGCUUGGGACUCCAAGGCCGUCAUGUCAGCAUACUGGGUCAACGCAAACCAGGUCACCAAGACUACGACGGGCGGCCUUCUCCCCACCGGCGAGUUCAAUGUCAAGGGCGAGAAGAAUUUCUUGGCCCCUUCACAGCUUGUCCUGGGAUUUGCGGUGAUGUUCCAGGUCAGUAAGGAAAGUCUCCGAAACCACAAGACCCUCCGAUUCGAGGAGCCUGUGGCCGCGGAUGUGUCUGCGGGGGCAGCUGAGCCCGGAAAUGAGGUCGAGGAGAAGCAGCCUGUCGAGCAGAAGACGGAUGCCGAGCCUGAGAGCCCGGUUGAAGCCCAAGAAAAAAAGCAGAGCGCGGAAUCUGAGGAGGUUGAAAAUGAUAUCACUGUUCCAGCCAGGAACCCGUUGCAACGCGGGUCAUCUGAGCCUGUUCAGAGACUGGAUGAACCCCAGGAUGAACCAGACGAUGAAAACGACGAAGAGCCAGAAUCGCCGGAUGGUGACCACGAGGAGACAGAAACAACCCAGACGGUAGCAGAUGAAGCGAAUGAUGAAGAGGGCACGGCCUCACAACCUCAGGAUAAGCGACAGCUGUCUCCCAAAGAAAGACGUCAGCUCAGAAAAGGAAAGCCCAUCGACACGCCGGAUUCUGGUGCCAAGGAAUCCAAAGAAUCCGAGGAGAGUCAAUUACUCGCAACCCACGGGAACGGGACUAAAUCAACCAACACCAGGCAGGUGAUCCCUCCUACUCGGGGCAAGAAGGCCAAGGCAAAGAAGGCAGCAGCCAAGUAUGCGGACCAGGACGAUGAGGACCGUGAAUUGGCUCUGCGUUUGCUGGGCGCCAAGAGCGCCAAAGCUGAAAAGGCUGCCGCAGAGGCUGAGGCCAAGGUCAACCGCCAAAAAGAGGCCGAGGAGCAGAAGAAACGCCGUCGCGCCCAGCAUGAACGUGCCGCGGAAGCGGAGCGUAAACGUCAGGCUCUCUUUGAAGAAGGCGGUGCCGAUGAGGACGAAGACACCGUCGCCGCAGAGGCAGCGGACAUGGAAUGGAUCCCCGCGCUGAUCGGCACUCCUCACGUCGACGAUGAGAUCCUUGCUGCCAUCCCCGUAUGUGCUCCGUGGGCCGCCCUGGGCCGGUACAAGUACCGAACCAAGCUGCAGCCCGGCGCGGUGAAGAAGGGCAAGGCUGUCAAGGAGAUUAUAGGGCGGUGGGUUGCGGAGACGACCACCGGUAAGGUCAAGAAGGAGCACGCCGAAGACGCUGGGAUUGACCGUGCGGCGGCGGAGAAGCUCCGCGCCCAGGAAGGAGACUUGCUCAAGGGGUGGAAGGAUACGGAGGUCAUCAACACUGUGCCCGUUGGCAAGGUCCGCAUCAUGGGCGGAGCGGCGACCAGUGGAGGUGACAAGGGCAAGGGCAAGGGUGGUGGUGGUGUCAAGCUGGUUUUGCUCUUCUCCCGCCUCGUCGCUGGCGGUCUCCCGCGCAGCUUUGCCAGGUUCUUCGCUUCCUCCACCACCAUGACGCCCAACGCGUCCACCCGUAUCGUGUCCGUCCGCCGACUCAACAAGGAAGGCCCCGGGGAUCGAUCCCUCGCGGAGUGGUGGACCAGCGAGCGCGACAACAAGACCCCCGAAUCCGUCGCCAUCGAGGAAGCCGCCCAUCUCCUCCGCACCAGCGACAUCCCCGUCGCCUUUCCUACAGAGACGGUGUACGGUCUGGGGGCAGAUGCCACGCGCAGUGAUGCCGUGCAAGGGAUCUACAAGGCGAAGCAGCGGCCGUCCGACAACCCGUUGAUCAUCCACGUCGAUUCGCUGCAGAUGUUGGAGCGCCUCCUCAACCCCGUGCAGGAGAGCCCAACCCGCGUCACCAAGACCGCUACGAACGGCAUCCCCUCCAUCUACGAACCCCUGAUCUCGCGCUUCUGGCCCGGCCCCCUCACCAUCCUCCUCCACAACCCCUCCGGCUCUCCCCUCGCGAAGGAGGUCACCUCGAAGCUCACCACAUUCGGCGCGCGCAUGCCCUCGUCACCCCUCGCACGCCUGCUGAUCCACGUCGCCGACCGGCCCCUGGCGGCUCCCUCCGCCAACGCAUCCACCAAGCCCUCCCCCACCGCAGCGGAGCACGUAUACCACGACCUGGAGGGUCGCAUCGAGCUGAUCCUAGACGGCGGGUCCUGCGGCGUGGGCGUGGAAAGCACCGUGGUCGACGGACUAUCCAACCCCCCGGCAGUCCUUCGACCGGGCGGGAUCGGCAUCGAAGAGAUCCGGGAGUGUCCCGGGUGGGAGAACGUGGUGCUCGGCUACCACGACGGCACGCUCGACGUGAAGGAGAUCCCGCGGGCGCCCGGGAUGAAAUACCGACACUACUCGCCCAAGGCGCGCGUGGUGCUCUUCGAAGCCGGCUCGAACGAGCAAUCCGUCAUGAAGCACAUCCGCAAGGACCUGGAAGACACGGCCGUGGGCGCGCACAUGGUCGGCAUGGUGCGCACGCGGAACUGGAGGCGGGGUCUAGGUCUCCUCCCCGAGGACGAGAUCCAGCAGACCCUGAAGACCAUCCCGUCCCUGGUGGACGAGCUGGUGGGGUUUUCUGUCCCCGUGAAAGACAGGGUCAAGGGAUCCGUCGCCGCCAAGGAGGCCUUCGACUGCUUCCUCGGCUCCGAUGUGAAGGCUAUCGCCCAGGGCUUGUUCUCCGCCCUUCGCGCUAUGGAUGAUAUGGAGGUCGACGUUAUCUAUGUAGAGGGCAUCCCUGAUAACCAGGGUGAUUUGGCCGCCGCUGUCAUGAACCGGCUGCGCAAGGCGGCUGGGGCUGAACUGCGGGUCUAGAUUUGAUGAUCGGGGACGCACUAGACUUCGCACAUCGCAUUAUUUUCUAUAUAGCUUGGGUUGCUUUUGUGCUGGAUAGAUGGUAUAAAAGAUCGGUUACGAAUUUGAAUGAUUAGAACAUUG